UGGCCAGGUCCGGAGCCAGGGGUCCCGAAUGUGGGGCCCGACGCCCUGAGAUCCCGCCGCCCUAACCGUGCCUCCCUCCGCUCCCCGCUCCCCCCCAGAUCCAGGACGCAGCCCCCCGCCCAGGAGGGAUGCCGAGGCGCGGCUGGAGCCAGGAUGAGUGUCAGGGAGGCCGGCGGCCCGGGGAGCCCGCGUGGGGCGCCCUACGUCCUGCACAUCUACCCACAGCUGUCCUCCGGGAGCCCGCCCUCCUGCCGCGUGGGCGCCUCCAAGGACACCAGCUCGUCCGACGUCAUCCGGGACGCCGUGGCGCGGCUGCAGCUGGACGCCAACAAACGCUACGUGCUGGUGGAGGUGAAGGAGGCGGGCGGCGAGGAGUGGGUGCUGGACGGCAGCGACGCGCCCGUGCACCGUGUGCUGCUGUGGCCGCGGCGGGCCCAGGGCCAGCACCCGCCAGAGGACGGCUACUACUUCCUGCUGCAGGAGCGUGAGGCAGAUGGCUCGCCCCGGCGCUCGCCCUCCCAGCUCCUGGCGCAGGCCCGGGCCGCCCGGCGCCUGGUGGAGCGCGGCUUCCUGCCCUGGCACCAGGCCGACUUUGACGACCUGUGCAACCUGCCGGCCCUGACCGAGGAGAACCUGCUGGAGAACCUCAAGCGGCGCUUCCUGCAGCAGAAGAUCUACACGUACGCGGGCAGCAUCCUGGUGGCCGUGAACCCCUUCCGGUUCCUGCCCAUCUACAACCCCAAGUACGUGAAGCUCUACGAGAACCAGCAGCUGGGCCGGCUGGAGCCGCACAUCUUCGCCAUCGCCGACGUGGCCUACCACACCAUGCUGCGCAAACGGCACAACCAGUGCAUCGUCAUCUCGGGCGAGAGCGGCUCGGGCAAGACGCAGAGCACCAACUUCCUGAUCCAUUGCCUCACUGCGCUCAGCCAGAAGGGCCAUGCCAGUGGUGUCGAGCGCACCAUCCUGGGCGCGGGCCCCGUGCUCGAGGCUUUCGGCAAUGCCAAGACGGCCCACAACAACAACUCCAGCCGCUUCGGGAAGUUCAUCCAGGUCAACUACCUGGCCAGCGGCAUCGUCAGAGGCGCCGUUGUCGAGAAAUACCUGCUUGAAAAGUCUCGCCUGGUGUCCCAGGAGAAGGACGAGAGGAACUACCACGUGUUUUAUUACCUGCUGCUCGGCGUCAGCGCAGACGAGCGCCAGGAAUUUCAGCUCAAGCAACCUGAAGAUUAUUUCUACCUCAACCAGCAUAACUUGAAGAUCGAAGACAGCGAGGACCUGAAGCAUGACUUCGCGAGGCUCAAACAGGCCAUGGAGAUGGUGGGCUUCCUCCCCGCCACCAAGAAACAGAUCUUCUCUGUCCUCUCUGCCAUCCUGUACUUGGGCAACGUCACCUACAAAAAAAGAGCCACGGGCCGGGACGAAGGCUUGGAGGUGGGGCCCCCGGAGGCGCUGGACACGCUCUCGCAGCUCCUCAAGGUGAAGCGAGAAAUCUUGGUGGAGGUUUUGACCAAAAGAAAAACGGUGACUGCCAACGACAAGCUCAUCCUUCCCUACAGUCUCAGUGAGGCCAUAACCGCCCGCGACUCGAUGGCCAAGUCCUUGUACAGUGCCCUGUUCGACUGGAUCGUGCUGCGCAUCAACCACGCGCUCCUCAACAAGAAGGACAUGGAGGAGGCCGUGUCGUGCCUGUCCAUCGGCGUCCUCGACAUCUUCGGGUUCGAAGACUUCGAGAGGAACAGCUUCGAGCAGUUCUGCAUCAAUUACGCCAACGAGCAGCUGCAGUAUUACUUCAACCAGCACAUCUUCAAACUGGAGCAGGAGGAGUAUCAGAGUGAGGGGAUCGCGUGGCACAACAUCGACUACACCGACAACGUGGGCUGCAUCCACCUCAUCAGCAGGAAGCCCACAGGGCUCUUCUACCUGCUGGACGAGGAGAGCAACUUCCCCCACGCCACCAGCCAGACCCUGCUGGCCAAGUUCAAGCAGCAGCACGAGGACAACAGGUUCUUCCUGGGGACGCCCAUCCGGGAGCCCGCCUUCAUCAUCCAGCACUUCGCCGGCAAGGUCAAGUACCAGAUUAAGGACUUCCGGGAGAAGAACAUGGACUACAUGCGGCCGGACAUCGUGGCGCUGCUACGGGGCAGCGACAGCUCCUACGUGCGGCAGCUCGUCGGCAUGGACCCCGUGGCCGUGUUCCGCUGGGCUGUGCUCCGUGCCGCCAUCCGGGCCAUGGCCGUGCUGCGGGAGGCCGGGCGCCUGCGUGCCGAGCGGGCUGAGAAGGCUGCAGCAGCUGCGGGCAGCCCUGGCACCCGAAAUCUCCUGGGAGAGGGACAGAGAGGGCCCAGCACCCCGUCUGAGAAACUUUACCGAGACUUGCAUGACGAAAUCAUCAAGACCAUCAAAGGAUUGCCCUGGCAGGGCGAGGACCCCCGUAGGCUCCUCCGGUCGCUCAGCCGGCUCCAGAAACCCCGGGCCUUCAUCCCGAAAAGUAAAGGUAUCAAACAAAAGCAGACCAUCCCGAAGAACCUGCUGGACUCGCGGUCCCUGAAGCUCAUCAUCGGCAUGACGCUGCACGACCGCACCACCAAGUCGCUGCUGCACCUGCACAAGAAGAAGAAGCCGCCGAGCAUCAGUGCCCAGUUCCAGGCGUCCCUCAACAAGCUCCUGGAGACGCUGGGGAAAGCCGAGCCCUUCUUCAUCCGCUGCAUCCGCUCCAACGCCGAGAAGAGGGAGCUGUGCUUCGAUGAGGAGCUGGUGCUGCAGCAGCUGCGCUACACGGGCAUGCUGGAGACCGUGCGGAUCCGCAGGUCGGGCUACAGCGCCAAAUUCACCUUCCAGGACUUCACGGAGCAAUUCCAGGUGCUGCUGCCCAAAGAUGCCAAGCCCUGCCGCGAGGUCGUCGCCGCUCUGCUGGAGAAGAUGGACGUGGACAAGGAGAACUACCAGAUCGGACACAGCAAGGUGUUCCUGAAGGAGACGGAGCGGCAGGCCCUGCAGGAGACGCUGCACCGGGAGGUCGUGCGGAAGAUCCUGUUCCUGCAGAGCUGGUUCCGGAUGGUCCUGGAGCGCCGGCACUUCCUCCAGAUGAAGCGGGCGGCCGUGCUCAUCCAGGCCUGCUGGCGGUCCUACCGCGUCCGGCGGGCGCUGGAGCGGACGCAGGCGGCCGUGUACCUCCAGGCCGCGUGGAGGGGCUACCAGCAGCGGAUGGCCUACCAGCGCCGCCGGCAGAGCACCAUCCGCCUGCAGAGCCUGUGCCGUGGCUUCCUGCAGCGGAAGAGCUUUCGCCGGAUGCUCCUGGAGAAGCAGGAGGCCGAGGAGAAGGAAAGAGAGUCUCAGCUGGCUGCGAGGAGAGAGGCCGCCAUGGGUGGGCCAGGCCCGGCGGCCGGCGGGGAGCAGGAGCCGGAACCUGCAGAGGCCCCCAAGUCCCUGGCUCCGGAGCCUGAGGCACAGCUGAGUGAUGAGACCCCAGCAGAAACCCCAGCCCAGCCAGAGAAAGAGAACCCGAUCCCGGAGAAGCCUGUUCCACCCCAAAAAUCCACAGCCGAACCCCCCGAGAAGGCGCCCAGCAGCCGGGAGAAGCGCGAGUGGCGGCGGCAGAGGGGGCUGGAGCACGUGAAGUUCCAGAACAAGCACAUCCAGUCCUGCAUGGAGGAGAGUGCCCUCCAAGAGGCUUCUGAAUUGCCACUCUCAGAGCAGAGGGAAAGCCUUCCGGAAGACGCUAAGGAAGGACAGGAGGACAUAGCCCCUCCGGACCCCGGGACGGAAGCCCCGGAUGCAUCUCCUGAAGAGCCGCCCUCGGUGGCCAGUGAGGCCGCGGAGGAGGCCCGGGCGGCUCCCCAGGACGGCAGCCCCAGGCCUGGCCGUGCAGAGCGGCCCACCAGCCUGCCCCUGGACAGCGGGGUCAGUACCCCGGCCCCCGCUAGCACCCCAGAGACCCCCACCAAGGACAAGAGUAGAGCAGUCACCAGCCCCAGAGCCCAGGACUGGCCCGAGAGCCCGGGCGGCUCGACACAGAUCCAGCGGUACCGGGACCCGGACGCCGAGCGGCUGGCCAGCGCCGUGGAGCAGUGGAGGGGCAAGAAGCUGCUGGCCGCCGGCUCCGGCGCCAUGCUCAGCCAGUCGCUGGAUCUCAGCGAGCGGCACCGGGCCGCCACGGCCACGCUCAGGCCCUCCGAGGAAAGGCGCAUUUCCUUGUCCACCAGUGACGUCUCCGGGCUCCUCCCGUCACCGGCCAAGACUCAGCCUUUGGUAGAAACCGUGGACGGAGAGUCCAGCUCCAGGAAGCCAGGGAUCCAGAAAAAGAAGUUGGGGGACGUGGCCUCAGGCCUGGAUGUGGCGGCACUCUCCCCAGGCCCCCCAGCCGACUCUAAAUCCACGUUUAAGAGACUCUUCCUGCAUAAAACCAAGGACAAAAAGUACAGUCUGGAGGGCCUGGAGGAGACGGAGAACACGGUGUCUGGGCAGAUAGUGCUGGAAGCCGUAGCAGUGAAGAAGAGUCCGGAAGCCCCCUCCGGCCACCAGCACCGACCCCCGGCCAGUGAGAAGCCCACCAAAGAGCCGGGAGGCAAAGGGAAGAAGAACCGGAACCUCAAGGUUGGCAAAAUCACAGUGUCUGAGAAGUGGCGGGAGUCGGUGUUCCGGAAGAUCACCAACGCCAACGAGCUCAAGUACCUGGACGAGUUCCUGCUCAACAAGGUCAACGACCUGCGCUCCCAGAAGACAGCGAUCGAGAGCCUGUUCAUCGAAGCCACCGAGAAGUUCCGGAGCAACAUCAAAACCAUGUACUCCGUCCCCAACGGGAAGAUCCACGUCGGCUACAAGGACCUGAUGGAGAACUUCCAGAUCGUGGUGAACAACCUGGCGGCCGAGCGCGGCGACAAAGACACCAACCUGGUGCUGAACCUGUUCCAGACGCUGCUGGACGAGUUCACCCGGGGCUACACCAAGAGCGACUUCGAGCCCCCGAAGAGCAAGUCGCACAAGAAGAAGCGGAAGCAGGAGCGGGCCGUCCAGGAGCACAACGGGCACGUCUUCAGCAGCUACCAGGUGAGCAUCCCGCAGUCGUGCGAGCAGUGCCUCUCCUACAUCUGGCUCAUGGACAAGGCUCUGCUCUGCAGCGUGUGUAAGAUGACCUGCCACAAGAAGUGUCUGCCCAAGAUCCAGACCUACUGCUCCUACGCCUGUGGGAGGAAGAGCGAGCUGGGGGCCGAGCCGGGCCACUUUGGCGUGUGCGUCGACAGCCUCACCAGUGACAAGGCCUCAGUGCCCGUCGUGCUGGAGAAGCUUCUGGAACACGUGGAGAUGCACGGCCUGUACACCGAAGGCCUCUACCGCAAGUCCGGAGCCGCCAACCGCACCCGGGAGCUCCGGCAGGCCCUGCAGACGGGUGGGCGUGGGGACGGACGGGUACGCGGGCAGGUGGGCGCCAGGCCACAGCCCCGUCCGCACGCCCACCCCUGUCCCACUCUCCCCGCAGACCCCACGGCGGUCAAGCUGGAGAACUACCCCAUCCACGCCGUCACGGGGGCGCUGAAGCAGUGGUUGCGGGAGCUGCCCGAGCCCCUCAUGACCUUCGCCCAGUACCACGACUUCCUGCACGCCGUGGAGCUGCCCGAGAAGCAGGAGCAGCUGGCCGCCAUCUACAGCGUCCUGGAGCACCUGCCCGAAGCGAACCACAGCUCGCUGGAGCGGCUCGUCUUCCACCUCGUCAAGGUGGCCCUGCUUGAGGACGUCAACCGCAUGUCGCCGGGCGCCCUGGCCAUCGUCUUCGCCCCCUGCCUGCUGCGCUGUCCCGACAACUCGGACCCGCUGACCAGCAUGAAGGACGUCCUGAAGGUCACCACGUGCGUGGAGAUGCUGAUCAGGGAGCAGAUGCGGAAGUACAAGGUGAAGAUGGAGGAGAUCAGCCAGCUGGAGGCCGCCGAGAGCCUCGCCUUCCGCCGCCUCUCGCUGCUGCGCCAGAACACGCCGUGGCCGCUCAAACUGGGGUUCUCAUCCCCUUAUGAGGGGAUCAUGAACAAGAGCCCCCCGGUGCGGGCCGGCAGCAGCGGAGCCCCGGAGGAGCUGGGAGCGCUGCCGGAGGAGGCGGCCGAGGGCGAUGAGGACCGCGAGAAGGAGCUGCUCAUCGAGCGCAUCCAGUCCAUCAAGGAAGAGAAGGAGGACAUCACCUACCGGCUGCCCGAGCUGGACCCACGCGGCUCCGACGAGGAGAACCUGGACUCGGAGGCCUCGGCCAGCUCUGAGAGCCUCCUGGACGACAGGGCCGGGCCGGCCACCACCCCCGAAGGGCCCCCCGCGCCAGCUCUCCCCUGCCCUGGCGCCCCUGCCCCGAGCCCCCUCCCCACGCCAGCCGCCCCGCGGCGACCGAGGCCGCUGUCCUUCGCGACGGUCCGGGUGAAGACCCCGCGGCGGACCCCAAUCAUGCCCACGGCCAACAUCAAGCUCCCGCCCGGCCUGUCCUCCCACCUGCCCAGCCGGGCACCCGGGGCCCUGGAGCCCCUCGUCCUCGUGCGGCGCCGAGAGCCACCCGCCCGCCGGCCCGACCUGGUGCAGUCUGUCUACGCCGCGCCCGGGCCCGGCCGGCCCAUCCCAGGCGCCCGGGAGCCCCUGGACGAGGACGACCGGCCGCUCGGGGCCAGGCGGAGGUACUCCGACCCCCCAACAUACCGCCUGCCCCCCGCUUCAGGCCAGGCCAACGGCUGAGGGACCCCGGCCAGCAGAGCCCGCACGUCCGAGGACAGCCCCGCACCGGUGCACGCAUGUCUACCCGCUGGGCACCCAGGAGCUGGACGCUGUCGCCCUGGAGCGAGCACCCCGCUGUCACAGAGGAUCCGGAAACGCACAGCACGCAGCAGGAGGCCUGCGUGGAGCCCCGAGUGCAGUUGGACCAGGCCAGGCAGCCUCCACCAUCACCACCUGCCUGGCACUGCCUGGCUCCGCAGGAGGACCAGACACGGCGGGUGGCCCAGCGUCUCCCCCACCCCCUUUUUUUUUUAUGUUUUUAUGGUAACUAUUUUUCUGUACGUGGUUUACAUAACCUUAAACUGUAACAGCCUUAACGCAAGGACCAAACAGUGUUUUUUAUAAACAUAUGUACAUGUAAAGACGUUUCCAUUAACCCCACACGUCUGCCUUCGACUCUGGAUGGAGCGGUCAGGACAGCCCCAUGCGGCCACCACACCCCACAGGCUCGGGCCCAGACCCAGCGUGAAGACUUGGGGCGCGUUCCUCGGCCAGCAGGCAGCCUACCCCGCAGACGUCCCGCAUCUUGGGGGGUUGCCGGAACCAUCCGGAGCCGGGACACGAGGCAGGCAGCGACCUCCGGCCGGGGCAGCAGAGUUCCCAAGCAUCACGGCCCUGACACGGGAGGCUGCACCCCCAGGAGCUGCUGUCCCCAGCCCCCUGGACCUCGGGGCCACUUCCGGGCAAGGAGUGCAAGGCCUGAGGCUGUACGUCCCUCUCAGGCUCACCCAAGCCCCAGACAUUGGACACGUGGGUCUGGGGUGAGGGAUGUCGCGCGCGCCACAUGAAAUAAAAAGUGCCUAAAA